AUGGAGAAAGCUGAGGCUCACUUGAAGGGUGGGGCCAAGAGGCUCCUCUCUGCCCCUUCUGCUGAUGCUUGCAUGUUUGUGAUGGGCGUGAGCCAUGAGAAGUAUGAAAACUCCCUCAAGACUGUCAGCAAUGUCUCCUGUACCACAAACAGCUUGGCUCCUCUGGCCAAGAUCAUCCAUGACAACCUCAGCAUCAUGGAAGGACUUAUGACCACCAUCCAUGGCAUCACUGCCACCCAGAAGAUCAUGGAUGACCCCCCUGGGAAGCUCUGGCAUGAAAGCCGAGGGGCUGCCCAGAACAUCAUCCCUGCUUCCAUUGGUGCCGCCAAGGCUCUGGGCAAGUCAUGCCUCCUGGAGAAAGCUGCCAAAUACAAUAACAUCAAGAACGUGGUGAGGCAGGCAUCGGAGGGCCCCAUCAAAGGGAUCCUGGGAUACACUGAGGACAAGGUUGUCUCCUGA